UGUAAGAUCUUAGGUUCCCUUUCUUGUCCCGACCCUUGUUCUAACACAGACUGUCGCAUUCAAGCAUCGUCAUUCUCGUACUUCACGAUGGGUAUCAAUUCUCAGGAAGCGAUCAAGAAACUCAAGGCUUUGAUGGAUCAUGUUGAUCAGCCAUUGAAGAAAUCCUUCCAGAAUCUUCAUCAAGGAUUCUUGAUGGAAACGCUGGAGCGUUUCCUAAAGGCACGUGAAUACGAUGUCAGCAAAGCCCAUAAAAUGCUGGUGGACUGCUUAAAAUGGAGGGUGGAGAAUGAGAUUGACAAGAUAUUAAGGAAGCCAAUAUUUCCUGCUGAUGUCUACAGAGCAGUGAGAGAUUCACAGCUUGUGGGACUCUCGGGUUACUCAAAAGAGGGCCUUCCUGUAUUUGCCAUCGGCGUUGGGCUCAGCACAUUAGACAAAGCAAAUGUGAACGACUACGUGCAGUCACACAUACAAAUCAACGAGUAUCGGGAUCGUGUUGUUCUGCCUUCGGCAUCAAAAAAGUAUGGACGCUCUAUCACCACCUGCGUGAAGAUCUUAGACAUGACUGGUCUGAAGCUAUCAGCCCUUGGCAAUGUAAAGUUAUUGACAAUUUUAUCAACCAUUGAUGAUCUGAACUACCCUGAGAGGACGACUGCUUACUAUAUUGUAAAUGCACCUUACGUUUUUUCAUCCUGUUGGAAGGUUGUCAAGCCUCUGUUGCAUGAAAGGACAAAGAGAAAAAUUCAGGUGUUACCAGGUUGUGGGAGAGAUGAGCUGCUGAAGAUAAUGGAUUAUUCAUCUCUUCCACAUUUCUGCAAACGAGAGAGCUCAUUGUCAUCGUCUCGAUCAUCGGGUCAUCAAGGAAGCCAAAAUUGCUAUUCCUUGGACCAGCCAUUUCAUCAACAGCUAUACAACUACAUCAAGCAGCAAUCCUUGAUGACUGAAGCUGUUGAGCCAAUUAGGAAAGGAUCUUUCCAUGUGAAUCUUCAAGUGCCUGUGUCAAAAAGCAAAGGGGCGGCUAAAACUAUUGAAUCUGAGUUACGGAAGUAUGGCAGUGGGCUUUCUGAUACAUUGAUUGAACUUGAAAUAAUGUAGGGAUGAAUUUCUUUCAUUAAUGGAGAGAUGGUGGAAAGAAAGAUCUGGUUUUACUGAUCCUUACACUGUAUCUCUAUAUGAACAGACCCAGUUUCAUGAUGGUAAAUCCAAAGACUUGUAGAAAUUAACCACUAGAGCAGUUAAGAAACAUGUCUACGAUGUAGCUUGAAAUGUGUCGGGUCAUAUAUAAAGUUGGCUUUUCACAACUAAA